AUGAGCGGCGUCGCCGGGGGGCGCGAUCAGCGCGCGAGCAGCGAGACAGAGAUCGAGUGCGACGAGCUGCAGCCCAUGAGCGAGGAGGAGGCCGGAGCGGGCUGGCGGAGGCUGCUCAAGUUCCCGCCGCAGCCGCCACUCGCGCCCGUGGCCCCCACGUUCUCGCUUGUCGACCUUGCGCAGAAGAAGGACCCCGACGCAGCCGAUGAGCACGCGCGCUCGACGCUCGCGGGCCACGUCAUGUACAAACUCGCCGUAAGAAUGUCAUCACACCACGACAGUCGCCUGCUACAGCACAUUUCCCGCUCCAUAUUAAGUCGAGGAGCUAACAAGCAUGGAGAUAGGAAGCCGAGCUUCCUGUUAGAAAUGGACCCCGAUAUGGUCGAUCCCAGUACACAGACCAAGCCCAGGAAGACUGUCAGGAGCUCCAUCCCAGGUCUUCGGAGGAUAGAGGACGGCGCGAACCGCCGACCAAUGGACCCGGACGCCGCCUCUUGCCCCGAAACAGCAGGACGACCCGCUUCUGCCGCAUCAGCCGCUGGCGCAGCCUCAUCUUCGUCAGGUACCGGCUCCAAUAUCCUGCCACCGAUGCCACCGCUAGUAUUCUCGCCGACCAAAGGAAAAGCACAGAAACGUGCUCGCAACAUGACGCUGGAGCAGUAUUCAAAGUGGAAAUAUCCAGGACUGCGUCCAGGUCUCUCCGUGCGGGUUGUACGCUGCGAGACUGUGAGCUCCAUGCCUGCCGUCACCGAGUAUGUACUGCACGUCGUGGACUUACACACGCGUGUAUUCUGGAUCACAAAAAAGCGCUUUAGCGAUUUUUACUACCUUCGACGCAAAGUCCGCGGAAUGAUCCGCCGCGCGCCUGAAGCCGACGAUGAAGAGAGGGAUUAUUUACGCUUUUUGCUGGACCUUCCAUUCCCGCGGCGAAGGUUUCGACCAUCCAGCACUGCAGCAAUUAAUCGAGGCUUGUGCGAGAUCGAGGUCUUUUUGCGAAAUCUGGCAGCUUUGGAGCCGACAUCCCGGUUGCAGCGCAGUAUUUUGAUGGAGCUGCAGCUCGAAAUGUGCUCAGCUGAAUUUGUGUCUUCGCUGGAGAAGAUCGACACGACCGGUGAACCGAUUGAGCCCAAAUGGCUGACGUACGAUCUGUUCCGUCGCCUCAACUGCGAAGGAGCAGUAGAGGGCAGUACGUGCUACCAGUUCUUGCACGCCUUCCGUAACCGCGUAGCAACGAUCGAAACAGCCGUGUGUUCUGAAUGCAAUAAGUUUGAAGGAGUUGCGCUCGCAGCAGCGGCCGUCAAGGAUCUGCGUAAUACUGUCACGAGUAUUGAAACAUACAUUUCAGAGCAUCUGGAUCCUCAAUACGCCGAUACACUGUCGCUGUUGGACCAAAGCGUCGAUGUGUCGUCGGUACUGGAUGACUGCGUGUUCCACGCGGUGGAGGACACCAUUUUGGUACCUCUAGAGAAACAGGUGAACUUCCUCGUGGGCUGGACGGUGGAUAAAGAAGCCGAGUUGCGUCUGGCACGCAAUAUUGAGCGCCUGAAGUGCAGAUCCCAAACGGAGAGCGGUAUUCCAGAGCACCUACAGUCCGACGAAGACUGGGGACUAUCGUGCCACCACUUGAGCAUGAUUGACGAGCGAACGCUACCUAUGGACAGGAUCCAGGAGCUGCUGCGUGCGGCCCUGGAGAUUUUUAAGAGCUGCGGCGAGAAGAACCUGGAGUGGCGAGAAAACUCGGCUCUGACUGCAGAUGACUACCUUCCCAUACAUAUCUAUGUGGUAGUGAAGAGCGGGCUGAAGCGACCACUAGCCACCAAGGAAUUGCUGGGUGCUAUGAUCCACCCAUCAUUGAUGCUGGGCGAGGUGGGUUAUUUUCUCACCAUGUUUGAAGUCGCUCUCAAGUACAUUGCCGACAUGUAA